UUAAGAUCUCUCUCUGUCCACGUUUUUAUUCGUUAUUUGGGCCCACACAGACUUUUGGAAAUGUUGAGGAUCAGGAUUUGGAAGAAACCAGGUAUAGAAGAGUCAAGUGAAACACAAAUCCAUUUCUCAAGCUCUCCUGAGAGGAUGCAGCCAGGCACAAAUGAGGAUCACGCCCUGCGUGCCUGGGUCUGCUGCUACACUAACCACACUGCUUCUUGUCAGAGGAGGGGCCACAUCCAUGUAACUGUUGUCUGAUGUUCGGUAAUAUGGACAAAACUGGGCUGCACUUCACCCAUACAUUCCCACCAGUCCAGGAGAAGCAGAAGAUGUCCUAAGUGUGUCAUGAGAGGAACAAGGGAGUGAAUGGCCAGUUUAAACUCCUCCGAUACAGCCAAUAUGAGCAGUGUGGACCCCAGCUCCGGCCUCUUCUCCAAAAGCCAGUACACGGCCCUGGAGAUCGGCCUCAUCAUUCUAGUGGCAGGCUCUCUCAGUCUUAUCACUGUUAUCGGGAACAUCCUGGUCAUGCUCUCUAUAAAGGUAAACAGGAACCUGCAGACUGUCAACAACUACUUCCUGUUCAGCCUGGCCUGUGCAGACCUCAUUAUCGGUGUCUGCUCCAUGAACCUCUAUACUGUCUACAUCGUGAUUGGCUACUGGCCCCUGGGCGCGGUGGUGUGCGACCUAUGGCUAGCUGUUGAUUAUGUGGUGAGCAAUGCUUCAGUCAUGAACUUGCUCAUCAUUAGCUUUGACCGUUACUUCUGCGUUACUAAACCUCUCAGCUACCCAGCCCGCCGCAGCACCAAGAUGGCGGGCCUGAUGAUCGCGGCGGCCUGGGUGCUGUCUUUCAUCCUCUGGGCACCUGCCAUCCUGUUUUGGCAGUUUAUCGCAGGCGGGAGAACAGUGCCUCCUGAGGAGUGCUACAUUGAGUUCUUCUCCAACCCGGUGGUGACAUUUGGGACGGCCAUAGCCGCUUUUUACCUACCUGUGGCCAUCAUGAUCUACCUGUACUGGCGCAUCUCCAUGGCCAGCCGCAGCCGGGUGAAGAAGGACUGCAGGAAGGCAUCUGGGACCAGUCUAGGCGAAGGCCCUUCUCACAGCCAGGAGGAGGGAGAGGCUCAGAACAGCCAGCCCCCCAAGGAGCCUCCCAGUGAAGCCAGGGAGAAGGAGAUGUUGCAGCAGCAGAAUGGAAGUACACUGUGCAAAGAGGAAUGCCCCGAGGACAACAUGGCCGACAAUAUGGAUGAUAACAUUGAGGCCUCGACAUCUGGAGGCAUGGCCUCCACCAACGGCACAUCACACAAUGAAGCAAAUGGAGCAAGAAAACCACAACCACCCUCUCCAGGGAGCUCUGCCGCUGACAGGCAGAGUCUUACCACCAGGACCCUCUUUAAGGUAACAAAGCAGAAUGCAUUAUCCAAGUGGAAGAAGAGGAGUGUUUCUUCUCGUGAGAAGAAAGUGACGCGCACCAUCAUGGCCAUCCUUGUGGCGUUUGUAGUCACGUGGACUCCAUACAAUGUGAUGGUCCUGGUCAACACCUUCUGCUCCGUGUGCAUCCCCAACUCCCUGUGGAUGAUCGGCUACUGGCUGUGCUACAUCAACAGCACCAUCAACCCAGCCUGCUACGCCCUGUGCAACGCUACCUUCAAAAACACCUUCAAACACCUGCUGCUGUGCCAGUACAAGAACAUACGGACAACGCGGUGAGCAGUGUACACAUGGACACUGACAUGGACUGUCAGUUUAUUCACUUUAAAGCAUUGUGUUGCGAAUGAAAAUAAUGAUGUACAUAAAAAACUUUCCUUGCCCAUUUUCUGCAAAUAUAGUAAAUUAAGCUAGAAUGAAAUGAAUUAUUAUUAAAAAAAUUGAUGUAAAAUGCUACCUUAAAAAGCCGGCACAGAGUUCUCUCAGCAUCAUCUUAAAGUGGAAGUUAUGAACAUUUUUUAAGAAAAGAUUCAUGAAUGAGGCCCAGUGUCUUCCCCGUUGGUGAGGAGUGGCCUGCAUACUGAUACGUUUACAAAAAGUUUGACCUUCUUGUAAGAUGAGAUCACAAACAGAAAACUCAGCUUUGCACAAAAAGACUUAAGGAUAAUUUUGGUCUGCCAGCCCGUACAACACCCAUUACUCCAGAAAUGUAUGCAAUUUUGUAUAUAUGUAUAGUAAAAGAGAAGUGUGUGUUUGUGUGUUGAAAGAUUGAAAAAGAUAUAUGUGGUGUCUGUCUCAUUACUGUAAAUUUGUGCAUAAUGUGUGCAGGAUAUACAAAAGAUUAAAUGAUAUAAUGAGAAAAAAACAAAAACAUUAGGAUAACAAAGUUUGAUCUGUGUAUAUUUGUCAACAUUCUGAAAAUAACAGCUACAGUGCAGUUACUACAUUUUCAUGAUUCUUUGUGACUAAAUAUUUUUAUAUUACACAUUGUUUUACUCUAGGAAUGUUCUACAUUCAUUUGACAUGUUUUUUGUAUUGACAGUAGCAUGUUAAAAUGUGUCAGAUGGAGCUGUUUUCUUGUUUGUGUGCAUGCAUGCAAAUUUCAA